CUGCUCUCUCUCCUUCUCUCUGCCGCUGCGCUGAAACCUCAGCUCAGCUCAGCUCAGCUCGGCACCAUCUUUCCUUCACCGUUUCCUGCCUGCCUGGGCCUGCUUCUGCUAGUCUUCAAUCAACAUUUUACUUCAAUCGUCGCUCACAUGAAGUACGUAACUCCGGAAGGCAUAGAAAGCGAUUCAGCUCUUUCUUAGAAGCCACACCACAAUGAAGCUCCACAUGGCCUUGCCGGGGCCCUCUCUGUUGUCCCCCACCUCUGCUUAUCGACUCAAUCCUCUCCUCUUCUCCAGACGCAUCAGAGCUCCACGCCGGCAGGUUAACAGAUUGCAAGCCAGGUUCUUUGCUGUUUGUGCGUCGGAGAAUGGCGUCUUUACUUCUCCAGAGAUAGGAAAGUCCUUCGAUUUCACGUCCGAAGAAAGAAUAUAUAAAUGGUGGGAGUCUCAAGGAUAUUUUAAGCCCAACUUCGAUAGAGGAAGUGAACCGUUCGUUAUAUCAAUGCCACCGCCUAACGUCACCGGCUCACUGCACAUGGGACAUGCAAUGUUCGUGACACUUGAGGAUAUCUUGGUUAGAUACCAUCGAAUGAAGGGAAAGCCAACACUUUGGGUUCCUGGAACUGAUCAUGCUGGUAUUGCUACUCAGUUGGUUGUAGAAAGAAUGCUGGCUUCGGAAGGGAUAAAAAGGGUCGACUUGAGUAGGGAUGCGUUCACAAGUCGCGUAUGGGAAUGGAAGGAGAAGUAUGGUGGGACCAUUACGAAUCAGAUCAAGAGACUUGGCGCUUCUUGUGAUUGGUCCAGAGAACACUUCACUCUUGAUGAGCAGCUAAGUCGAGCUGUAAUUGAGGCCUUUGUGAGGCUUCAUGAGAAGGGCUUGAUUUAUCAAGGUUCAUAUAUGGUUAACUGGUCCCCAAACUUACAGACUGCAGUUUCAGACUUGGAGGUAGAAUAUUCUGAAGAGCCAGGUACUCUGUAUUACAUAAAAUAUCGGGUCGCUGGUGGUUCAAGGGAUGAUUACCUGACUGUAGCAACUACCCGCCCAGAAACUUUGUUUGGUGAUGUAGCCAUUGCCGUUAAUCCUCAGGACGAACGCUACUUUAAAUAUGUCGGUAUGAUGGCAAUUGUACCAAUGACAUACGGCCGCCACAUUCCAAUUAUCUCCGACAAGUAUGUUGAUAAGGACUUUGGAACUGGUGUUCUGAAGAUAAGCCCUGGGCAUGAUCAUAACGAUUACCUUCUUGCACGAAAGCUUGGCUUGCCUAUACUCAAUGUGAUGAAUAAAGAUGGGACACUCAAUGAAGUGGCUGGAUUGUAUAGUGGGCUUGAUCGUUUUGAAGCUCGUAAGAAAUUGUGGUUUGACCUUGAAGAAACUGGUUUAGUUGUCAAACAGGAACCCCAUACCGCUAGAGUUCCCAGGUCCCAGCGCGGUGGGGAAAUAAUCGAGCCAUUAAUAAGCAAGCAGUGGUUUGUAUCUAUGGAGCCUUUAGCAGAGAAAGCACUUCAAGCAGUUGAGAAGGGGGAAUUAACCAUCAUCCCUGAAAGAUUUGAGAAGAUCUAUAAUCAUUGGCUAUCAAACAUUAAGGACUGGUGUGUAAGCAGGCAAUUAUGGUGGGGCCAUCGAAUACCGGUUUGGUAUAUUGUGGGAAAAGACUGUGAAGAAGAAUAUAUAGUUGCCAGGAGUGCUGAUGAAGCUCUGGAGAAAGCUAGGAUGAAGUAUGGAAAGAACGUAGAAAUAUAUCAGGAUCCAGAUGUUCUGGACACAUGGUUUUCAAGUGCCUUGUGGCCUUUCAGUACUCUAGGAUGGCCAGAUCUGUCUGCGGAGGACUUCAAACGGUUCUAUCCAACAACCUUAUUAGAAACUGGGCAUGACAUAUUGUUCUUUUGGGUGGCAAGAAUGGUCAUGAUGGGGAUUGAAUUUACGGGGACUGUUCCGUUUCAAUAUGUCUAUCUUCAUGGACUUAUCCGUGAUUCACAAGGGAGGAAGAUGUCAAAAACAUUGGGCAAUGUAAUUGAUCCAAUUGAUACUAUUAAAGAGUUUGGAACUGAUGCUUUACGGUUUACACUUGCUCUGGGAACUGCUGGUCAGGACCUUAAUCUAUCAACUGAGAGGUUGGCUUCCAACAAGGCCUUCACUAAUAAGCUGUGGAAUGCUGGUAAAUUUGUGCUGCAAAAUCUACCAAAUCAGAGUGAAGGAUCUGCUUGGGAAGCCAUCUUGGCUAUCAAGUUCGACAAAGAGGAGUCUUUGCUUGGCCUACCUUUACCAGAAUGUUGGGUGGUCUCAAAACUCCAUUUACUUGUUGACACAGUCACUGCAAGCUAUGACAAAUUCUUCUUUGGAGAUGUUGCAAGAGAAAUAUACGACUUCUUUUGGGGUGACUUUGCUGACUGGUAUAUUGAAUCCAGCAAGGCUCGGCUGUACCAUACAGGAGAUGGGUCAGGUGCUUCAGUUGCACAGGCUGUUCUGUUGUAUGUCUUUGAAAAUAUAUUGAAAUUGCUACACCCUUUCAUGCCAUUUGUUACUGAGGAACUGUGGCAGGCUUUACCAAAUAGGAAAGAGGCCCUUAUAGUGUCCACUUGGCCCCAUACAUCACUUCCGAGGAAAACCAGUUCAAUUAAAAAAUUCGAAAAUCUUCAAGCACUGACCAGAUCUAUUCGAAAUGCUCGAGCAGAAUACUCUGUGGAACCAGCAAAGCGUAUAUCUGCAUCUAUAGUGGCUAGUACUGAAGUGACUCAGUACAUAUCUAAAGAGAAGGAGGUUUUAGCUUUACUUUCCCGACUAGAUUUGGAUAAUAUCCAUUUUGCGGAGUCUCCCCCAGGAGAUGUGAAUCAAUCUGUCCAUUUAGUCGCUGGUGAAGGUCUAGAGGCUUAUCUUCCGCUUGCUGAUAUGGUUGAUGUCUCUGCUGAAGUUCAACGCCUUUCCAAACGCCUUGCAAAGAUGCAGGCGGAAUAUGAUGGGCUUCUAUCUCGCCUGAGUUCUCCUAAGUUUGUCGAAAAAGCUCCGGAGGACAUUGUGCGUGGUGUAAGAGAGAAGGCAGAAGAAGCAAGAGAGAAGAUUACUCUCACUAAAAAUCGCCUGGCCUUUCUCCAAUCGACCGUUUUAGUUUCUGAAUAGAAUCUUUUUUUUUUAAACCCCACCCCCCUCAUUUUAAUGCCAGUCAAUCAUGUAUUCAUUCUCGAGAUCCUUGUCCGGUUAACUGGCCCUGAAUUCACGGGUUUAAAAUAGGAGCAGAUAAAGGCUGCAUUUCUUUAUUCUGAUCAUCAUCCUCGAGCAAGAGCUGUCUUUGCAGGAAGACGACUUCGACUCACUGCCGAUUUAGCAGCCACUGAUUAUUGUCUUUGGAAGGUCAAGAGCUGAAGGGGAUCGCGAGAUUUCCCAGCUGCCAAGCAUUGCUCAGCAGCAUAGCAUUUUAUUUUAGCUUAUGCCAGAGUCGGAAGAAGUCCCAAUUAAUUCAACGAAACACUUUCUUUGAUUAUAUGUACAUUGUGCCGGGAGUUUCAGUCAUCGUUCUGCGGAUUCGGUGAUUCAUGUUUAUUCGGUAAUUUGACUAGUUUGCUUCUGGACUGCA